AUGUCAACGUUUAAAGAGAUUACUGAAGGUACUGGCCUAACUGCAGGACGCGUGAAAAACUUCUUCAAAGCCAUAUGUAACACUUUUUCACCUGCACCAAAUGAAUGGAUUGAUCAAAAGCUUAGCCCACCAGUCUUUGAAUCGGGAGAGCAGCCAUUUUAUACAGGAUCCCGAAAAAGAGUAGCAACUUCUUCGGUAGAAUACAUACCAAGCCCGAAGAAGUUGAAAAGCUUGAAUUUAAUAGCUGUCGUACAUCUACUACCUACUUUGCCCGCAUACUUAGAUACGUUACGAGAAAUUGGUAUAAUAAAAGUUAUCCUAUUUAAAGGUGCAGCCGCAGGUAAGCGGCCCGAUCACAUGGAAGAAAUGGCUCAGUGGGUUAAAGAUCAUCCAGUUUUUGGUGAUGCUGUGAAAAACAUUACCAAGAAUGAUUUAAAAGUGGAAAAGAAGGUUAUUGACCUCUUAUCGGAUGCUAUCAAAGGCGAAGAAGAAGAAAUACUAAUUAUGGAUAUUGGCGGUUACUUCGCUCCUUGUCUAUCGGUGUUGGCUAAACCAGAUAAACUUAAGCGCAAAUUCAAGUUACUAGGUAUUGUGGAGGACACAGAAAAUGGACAUCAAAAAUAUCACCAUGCCAUAGAAAAUCUUCGAUCGAUAGAAGGGUCGACUUUCAAACAACCGAAUAUAUUUUCUGUAGCUCGAAGUCGUAUGAAGAUGACAGAAGAUUACAAUGUUGGUAAAUCUCUGGUACGUGCUGCCGAUAGUAUCCUUCGACAGUCGUUGGACCUGCGCUUAGAAGAUCAUCGUGUCAUUGGCGUGCUUGGUUUCGGUAAGAUCGGCAGUAGCAUUGCCAUGCAUUUGCGACAGCAGCAUAUUGGCACGGUAAUUGUAUACGAUGUUAAUCCGGAGAUUUUACUUCGAGCAAGCUCAUAUGAUUUUGUCAUAUGCACUAAAGAGCAAAUGUUGCAACAAGCAUCGUUUAUCUUCUGCGCUACUGGCAACAAAGCACUUACAUACAACGAUCUACUCAAUAUUAGUACGGAUACUAAACGUCUAAUAAUCGCUUCAUGUACUUCAGCGGAUGACGAAUUAGAUGUACAUGACGGCUUGGAACAUCAUAAAUGUAAAAAUAGCAGCGCGGAUGCUCGUAGCUUUUCUCGCUAUCAAUUGAAACGUCUGAAUGGAGAAUUGAUUGACGUCAUACUAUUAUGUGAUGGUAACGCCGUAAACUUUUCUUAUCGUGCUGUGCUUGGUGAAUCCAUUCGUUCUGUGCAAGCUGCCAUGAUAGUCUGCGCGCUUAAUCUGCAACAAAUGGCUGUUCUAAACAGGUAUAAUGCCGGUAUUAGCACGUUGACCAAUGAAGAAGAAAUGAGAAUUGCUCGCCUUUGGUUGCAACACUUCUCAGAAUUAGACGUACAAUUAAUAACCAAUGUUAGUUGUGCUCAAAUGAAGUAUGACAAAAAGACCAUAGAAGAUAAUGUCGGUGAUUUGCCCGUCGAUAAAAUCCUCCUCACAGAACUCAAACAACAUCUAGGACUGGUGAGAUCGGAGGAUACGGAUCCAAUAGAUUUUAUGGAUUCUUACAGAAAACUAAUUAUCGCAGCGUCACGUGGAUCAGGUAAAACGGCAGUUUUAUUUGAUCUCAUUCACGAUGUUCGCAAUUGCUACGAUCUCAUAUGGUGGUUUGAUUGCAACGAUUCACUGAAAGGCACGCUUCUUUUCUUAGCUCAUAAAUUCCAUGUCUCCUCUUUCGAGCUUUCCACGACAGAGCUACAAACGGUUGUACUUGAGGCAGUGCUUAAAUCUUUAACAGUUCAAAAUAUUUUACUAGUAGUUGAUAACAUCCAAGAAUUUACUGGUGAGAGUGCUUCUGAGAUAAUAGCUCAUACAGCGGAUAACACGAAAGAUACGAAAAUAGUGGUUUCAUAUGGUCGGUUCAAAUGUCAUGAAUUUUUAUCCAUCCUUGACAACGUUGUUAGUUGUAUCCCGCGCCGCCAAAGACGAUGCCAUAUUGUGGCAUUAUAUACAUAUGAUAACAUUGAUGAACUAUCAUUAGGAGAGCAAGCACAACCGGUAGUUAAUGAAAUAGUUAAUGAAACUAAUCAGCGCUGGCAUUACUUAAUUCCGCAACAAAUUGAUGUCGAUAAGGCAAAAAAAUGGAUAAUUAGCAAGAUACCUGAGAAGAUUGAAUUUGAACAGAAAGAGAAAUGGCAAAAUCUUAUUGAUAAGAUUGUAUCUGUCGAUGUACGUCGAUUAACUAUUCGUUUGACUGUUUCUCUUGUCACGUCUGAAUGGAUUAACGCUGAUGUAUUAAACGAUGUUGAACAACUGGGAAAUAGUGACAGACUGUUAUACUUAAUCCUGUUAUUCUUGAAGAAACUGGAACAACAUAACAGACCUUUUUUUAUUUGUGCUCAAGUCGCCAGUUUGAUUCAGGCUGGUGGUAUAAGUCGUGAAACAUUUUAUCGUCUUUAUACCAUUCUAGCUAAAGAUAAACACUAUCAACUUCGUACUACGAAUUGGGACUUGACUUGGCAAAAUUUACUGUCAAUACUAAAGUCGUAUUGCAUAUUAAAGCAAAAUCUGUUAGUACCGAUUAUUCACAGACAUGUUAGUCAACAUUAUGUGCCGUUGGACUAUGUAGAAAUUUAUAGUGUACCAAGUUCAUACAUCAAAGAACUACGCAGAUCACCGCUUGCAGACAAUACGGAUGUUGUAUGGAAAUACGCACUGCAACUAAUUAAUGAAGGUUUCGCUUAUGAUUACUAUUCUUUCAAUCAGGUUAACCGCUCUAAAUUUGAACAGAGGAUCGUUCAUUAUCUCGAUCAUGCAACAGCGAUAAUAAAAUACACUGUGGAUUGGACAGGAAAAGAGAAAUAUGCGCUAUUACUUGGCGACUUGCUAUAUCGCUUAGGCUCAUUUUAUCUUCAUGAGACGCGUAUGUAUUCCGAAGCGAGCACAUUAUUCGCGAAAGCCAAAACUAUAUUUGACGAUAUACUUCAACGUACGCAUUCAAAUAACUACAAUAUAUCAAUGAAAGAGUCACAAUUAUUAAUUUCAAUGUUUCGCUCAAAACUCAUGCAGCUUAUUUGCGAACAACUCAAUACAAAUUCUGACGAAGAAGCAGACAAGUUUGUUAAAAAAAUAGAAGAGAUUCAGAGUGAAUUAGAACAAAUGCCCGAAAACUAUUCUUAUUCGACAAAGGAUGACCUAGAAAAAUGUGUGUUUACAGCCGUUAUCGCCAUUGCGCGUAUUCGCGUACAACAGGCUCGUAAUACAGCGAUAUCCAAAACAGAGCUUGAGCAAAGUCUACAAGUAGUGCAAAGCAACCUUAAGGAAAUCAAAGAUAAACCAAACAUGGACGAACGUACACGCUCGUUGUUAUUGCAGAUCCUUGGUAGUACAUACAGCCUUUUGGAAUAUUAUGAAGAAGCAAUCAAGUCAUAUCGCUUAGCGGUAAGCUUACGUGAAAGUAUAUUACCAUCUGAACAUCCUGAUACGGCACGCACAAGAUAUCACCUCGCCAACUGUCUUCUGAAAUCUGUUGACAUUCAAAGUAACAACGAUGAUAAGAUCGAUAAUGCUGCGGUUGGAACCAUAAUCAGUGAAGCUCAAGUUUUGUGUGAAAAGGCACUCAAAAUACAAAAGACACAAUUAUCAACUGAGCAUAGAAAUUUAAAGGAAAGUAUUGAUUUACGACAACAGAUUACUCAAUUUGUGAAAGAAAGAAACCUAGAAAAACCUCUUUAA